AUGGCACCGGAGAAGAAGCAGACCGGGCUGGGCGAACCCGCCCUUGAGGCUCAUAUUACACCUCCCGAUGGAAAGCUGGAAGACAGCACAACAGAGAGCAACGGAAAGGAGGCAAACGAGACGCUCAAAAGCGACUCACCGCGCCCGGUACACGGAGUGAAGUGGGUUCUGGUCGUCGUUUCUCUGCUCGCCUCUUUCCUGAUUUAUUCUCUCGAUGUGACGAUUGUGGCAACAAUCCAGCCGACCAUCGUCCUCACGUUCGGCCACGUCGACCUCGUCCCAUGGUUGGCCGCUGCUUUUGCUCUGGCAUCGGCAGCGACCGUACUCCCCUGGUCCAAAGCAUAUGGUACCUUUUCCGCCAAAAUUCUCUUCGUUAGCGGCACGGUCUUGUCCAUGGCUGCAUCGGCCCUGUGCGGCGCCGCCCCCGAUAUCAAUGCCUUUAUCGUCGGUCGUGCUUUAGCCGGCGUUGGUGGUAUCGAUACGGUCGACGAAACAUCCCCCGACGCCAAGAUAUACGGCUGCUACUCCCAGGCCGGGUUUCCAGUCGCGCAGGUCUCCGUGGCGGCCGACGAUAUCCCAUACGGCGUCGGGUUCAUGAUGGUCAGCCAGAUGCUCGGCAUCGCGCUCGGCACCGGCAUGGCGGGUGCGCUCUUCAUCUCGUCGGCUGCCAGCGGCGCGAGCAGUGCCCUUCUCAACGCCGCCGAUCCCGACACCCGCGCUCGCGCCGUGCACGUCAUUGCGCUCGCCAUACGCAACCCAUUCGUGCCCAUGGUGGUCAGUGGCGCCAUCGCCUUCCUGUAUCAGUCUCUUCCUCAAGCGGGAGAAGGUUUUUGCUCCACAGACGAUGGCUGGUUCAGAAGGGAAGAGCAAGUUGUGACGUGUAUCUUUUCGGUGCCGUCGUGA